CUUGUGUGUUCGCAAGGUUCAGCAGCAUGCCCGAAAAGCCACGCGUGACGCAGGUGACGCAGGUGGCGUCGGCCUGCGCGACUCCCUUUGUCGCCGCUGGCUUCGUGGCGAUCGCCGCCUCCGACGCGCUCUCCGCGUCCGCUCGCUGCGCGGCCCACCGACUGCGCCGAGGCAAGGUUUUCUCGAACGAAUCGCGGCAGAGCACAAAGUGCGUCGGCCAGCUGGAAGUAGACGUCUUUGAUCCAGAUGGCGUCGACUGGACGAUGCUGCGCGUCGACUACAUCGACCGAUGCGUGCCUUUCGUGCUGCGACGCUGCUCUGGCAAAAUCAGUGACGUAUCGCCGCCGGCAAACGACGCGGCUGCUGGUGCUCAGGGCACGAUUCAUGUCAAGACUGUCCCGAUUGCGAAAAGAAUACCGGGCAUCGACGAGCUCGUCCACAAGCUGCUGCCGCACACGUGGCGUGCAUACUGGCCGCUCUGGUUUCUCGGCAACUACAAGUCGGGCGUCGCCCACAUAGACAUGGGACCGGCGAGCGUGAACUUCUACUUUCUGCGGACCGGAAGCAAGGACGUUGUGAUCGCGCCCAAGCACGUCUCGGCCGGAAUCAAGCUCAAAACGGGCAUCGACAGCAUCUACAUCCCCGGCUCGGCUGGCAACCACGACUACCUCGCCAGCCUGAGCAGCUUCUACCGCGUGACGUUGCAGGAGCAGGACGUGCUCGUGUUCAACAACUCUGGCUUGUUGCACCACUUCUCCAACGUCGAGGGAGCCGCGCCCUGCGAGGCGCUCUCGGUUCGGUGCAAGUACGCGCUCGGCUCGGACAAACGCUGCCGGCGGCUGCUCGCGUCGUCGCCCAAGGUGUGGCAGCACAUGGCGGGCCACUUUGUGGGGCUGCUGCUGAGCGCGAAUGGAAUCAAGCGUGUUGAGGAGCGGAGCUCCGAGUGCCAGUGAGCUCCACCGAAAGACGGAGAGGUCUGUUUGAUGUCUGUUGAAAGUGUGCGCGGGUUCGGGUAGACAUAUGUAGUGUGCUGUGAGUCGUGUGCAGAGGUCGGUGUAUGGUUGUCUACUGUACGUGUACAGUGUUGCUAGAGGCUCGACGAGUAGGGUGUGACCCCAAGUGCCCCUCUAUGUGUUUGGACGGGUCCCCGUGCGUGCGCGCAGG